GCUGUUGGAGGAAGUGCUCAGUACUGAAAAGGUAAACCCCGGCCGAGGGGAAGCCCACCGCACAAAGAUUGAACAACUGUUGCGCCAACUUGUCAAAUGAACUAAGGUCUUGAUGCGGCUUUAAAAUCUGCUAUAGAUUCACGCUAUAUUUUUCUCGAGAAGUCUCUCCGGUUGUUGCCAGUGAUGCUUCCUAGUCCUAUGACUUCUACGCCGUUCUCUGUUAAGGACAUUCUCAAGUUGGAGCAACAGAACUCCCACCACGCUUUCCAUCAGCAAGGAUUUUUUCUUCCAGACCAGGAUGUCCCACCUAUUCAGUCUUCGCAGUGCAUGCAGCAAAGCAUGGAGGUCCUGUACAGUCCGGAGAAACCGCCGUGCACGCCGGCCGGACAAGCAAAAUUCCCCGUAAAGUCGGACAGCUUUGACAUCCUGAGGGGGCAUUGUAGCUCACCGCUGGAAGAGAGUGAUCCGAGCGACGACCCAGGCACCUGUGUGCAUGGCGACUCGCCGGACUGUAACAAGAAGAGCGACGACAUUUUCUCGGACCGACCGAAGCAAAGACAGCGCAGGAAGCCGCGGGUCCUCUUCUCUCAGACGCAGGUGUUCGAGCUGGAGCGUCGCUUCAAACAGCAGCGGUACCUGUCUGCGCCUGAGCGCGACCACCUCGCCGGCGUCCUCAAGCUCACCUCCACCCAAGUUAAAAUCUGGUUCCAGAACCGGAGAUAUAAGUGUAAGCGGCAGAGACAAGAUAAGUCCCUUGAAUUAGCUGGACAUCCUCCCCCACCACGAAGGGUGGCAGUGCCGGUGCUCGUGCGGGAUGGCAAACCUUGCCUAACGGGAUCGCAGACAUACACCCCCCCAUACAACGUAACAGUUGGCACUUAUCAGUACAACACCUAUUAUGGCGGCUACGGCAACAAUCCGUACAGUUGCAGUUAUCCAGGGGUGCCAGCCGGCCCUAGUGCCACACAAGCCAGCGGCCACAUUGUGAAUAUGAAUCUCGGCAUGGGCAACGCGGAUGGAACCUUGAGCCAACAGGGACACUUUCAGGCAACAUUACAAGGAAUUAGAGCGUGGUGAGAACUAACAAAUGGAGCUCUCGUGUCUAAGUGACCCCUUUUUAGAAGAACAUACGAAAUGACAAUUAAGCAACAGCACACCCGAUGUCAAUUUUACUGAGCUGAUUUUUGUUUUGUUUUGUUUUUUUUUUGUUUUUGGAUUUAACAAAUCCUGGCUGUGUCUAACUAAAGAGUAAACAAAAAUGAGGAUAAGUUUAUAUAUAUUUUUUUGUAAAAUAUGUCCAUUAUUUUCAAACAGUAUAUGAUUUUAUACUUUUGUAUUUAGGCAAUGGAAUGAUAGAAUAAAGGCGAAUGUGUUGUUUCUUA